AUGGAAACUGAUCUGCACCCCGCCACCAUGCCCGCCAAACCGAGAGAGGUCCGGGCCGACAACAGGCAUCCUCAGCUGCAGCAAACGCCUCUCGCGAGAAUUCUCCUCAUCCCUCCUCCACCAAAACUCAAAUGGCGAAAUCCCGGAUCUCACCAUCUCGAGCCCGAGUGCACAGUGCCCGAAAAAUGUAUUCACUUCUACGAGCGCAUCGACAAAGCGCGAUGCUUCGACGUAAAUGACAUGGACAACCCAGUCUUUGAUGUCCUCCGCGAAGCAAAACAGAUCAAUAUGGUUCACGUCCGCUUCGACGGCCCCUGGUUCGUCAACGAGGCACCGUUGUAUUCGCUGCCGGGGACGCGCAGAGCUCGGUUUGGAGAGGAUCCGAUUUACGAUGCAGAAGCCUUCUGGCGGCAGUGGGAUGUUCCGUUUCUUUGUCACUGGGCUAAGGCCCGGGACGUUGCUCGGCUACUCGGGUCGUUUCGAGGAUCGGGGAGAUGGCGAUACACUUCAAUGAUUGGCGUCGGGAUAGUCGUAGAGACGGGAAGAAAUAUUGGCAUGCAAUACCGUUCUACACUUCCAUCAAGGACUCGGAACUGUAGAAUGCAUUUUCUACGGGGACGCGGAUGGGACGAAUUUGCUGAAUAUCGAUUUUUUCGAGUACAAGUCCUUGUUCGGCAUCAUUACGUUUCCCACGAAAAAGAAUCCCGACGGGGGACUGAUUACCCGCUAUCAUCAUGA